GCAGAACAGAAACAAAUCAACAUUGUGCUGAAUUUUGAACGAACUCGUUGCCAUUCAUAGACGUAUUGUGAUGAGUUUAAUGAAUAAAGUACUUUGUAUUAACGUCGAUCUAAAAACCUAUAUCACUACAGAGAAAAAAUAUAAGUGACGAAUGAACAGUUUGGGAGAAGGCAUAAAAAUAAAAAGAACCGGAAUUCGGAACAACUUGGGCUCAAGUGGAACACUUUGAUUGACAUCAGUGAAUCUAUCAGAUUAUUUCCUGGUAAAAAUCAUGUGACAUUAUGGCUAAAAGGGAGACAGUUCAGCAAUGUCUUAUAAUAUACGUUUACGUUCUCCUUCGUCUCAUUCGGGAGAUAUGCUGCGAGGACUUACACACAGAUUACAUGACUCUAGUCUGCAACUCGGCGAUAGGUGGAAUCAACAGCGGUCGCCUAGAGACGAGCACCUCAAUCACCUAUGACAACGAGAUGGACUGCGCCACUAGAAUAAACAUAGCAGCCACAACAAAAAUGUAUCUGCAGUUUAAAAGGUUUGAACUGGAGGAGAAACUAUUGGGCAAAUGUGUUGAUGGCUUAGAUGUGUAUGACGGUCCUCUAUCUCCCGCCAACAGACUCACCCCUGAGACCUUAUGUGACACCGUGAAAGAACCAUUUAAUUUCACCACAUCAGGACCCAAUGCAACGAUAAAGUUUUUCUCCGAUUCUAACGCAGUUUUCAAAGGAUUUGAAAUAGUCUAUAUAGCCUUUUCAAACCCCCCUUGUGGAGCCGAUUACUUUGCCUGUGGGCAUGGUGAGUUCUGUGUACCUGCCGAUCUAGAGUGUGAUGAUUAUGACCAAUGUGGUGAUGGCUCAGACGAGGCCCUCUGUACAGAGGAGGAUAUUAUCGAGAAGGAAAAUAGAAUAAUAGACUAUGGCAUCAUGGUCGGCGUUAUCAUAGCAGUCCUACUCCUCAUCCUUAUCCUCAUCUAUGUGGCCUACAGGCUUUACCAAUACUAUGCACUUCAGAAACUUCUCAGAUCCCAACCAAAGUCACUCCGUAGAGGCCACUUUGAUUGGAUAUAUCCAAUUACUGUUAAAUAUUCAAAAUAUCACACACGUGUGAAAAAAUCUAAGAUUGAAACUGUAUCAACAGAGCAAGAGGUGACGACUGUUACAGAGACCACUACUGAGCAUGCGCAAGAGAGACCAUUAAGUGCAUUGAGUCAUGGUAUGACAGAUUAUGGUAUAAAUGGUAGUCCAACGGAUGGUACAAAUAGACAGCCUAGACUUACCAAAGCCAAUGUAGUAGCAUCAACUUGAACAAACAUUUUAAAAAUAUAAAGUUUUGCAUCAACAGUAUUAUCACCCACUUCUAUCGUGACUCCAAAGCCACGAGAGCCCAGAAGGAAUAUUUUACGUUUAUAUGUCUCUGCAGCAACGGGAAAAAA